CCACGUUUCCAACCUUAUCCCUUUCUUCUUUCCUCAUCUUUCCCCACACUAUAAAACCAAACCCUCUUUCACCCUCGGAACCCUAAACUGUUCCAAUAACACCGUUGAAGACUCUUUCAAAUUCCCAAAAUGGCAGCAACUUUGAUUCCCCUCCGUUCCACCGGGAUCCGAGCGUGCGCUGACUCCGGCCACCGCAAGCCCGAACCCGAUCGCCGGAGAACCUCCUCCGCCAACUGGUGGACCCCGCUGUUUGGAAUUUCUUCCGAACCGGACUACAUUAACUCCAACAGCAAGGCACCGACCCUGCCGCAGGCCAAGGCGGAAGGCGAUCCGGCGUUGAAGGCGGCGGCGAGGCCGCGGUUUGCCGGCGCGUUGACGGAGGAGAAGGCGAGGCAGCUCCGGAUGAUGACGACGGGGACUGAAACGUUUCAUGACACGAUGUAUCAUUCCGCCAUCGCUUCACGACUCGCCUCCGAGUUCAAAGCCAACUCCGAUCUGUGAACUCUCAUCGCGUCGCAUUUUAUUGGAUUUGUUUGUUGCAAAAUGUUAGGUUUUUUUUUUUGUAAACGUUGAUGCUAAGCAAAGCAAUGUAAAAUGGUUUAGCAAGUUAUUAAGGUGAUGAAAACUUGAAAAUCAUGAUCUAUAUGUAUGUAAUUACUGAUUUAGAGAUUCUAAUUAAACACUUUGGAUUAGAUCUGA